GUCAAAUGUGAACCCAGAGCAAUAAAAUUUAAACAAAAUUCCGCUUUAUUUUUUUUUUACAAACGGGGCCCUGGACGCGCGCUCUUUUACGCUGCCGCGACCAUCGCACGCGAACGUGACGCGUGGUUACAUUUAAAAAGAAAAGCGAGUUCAUGACUGACAUUGUUAUUGUCACGAUGUACUUCCGGUGGCACUGGCCGGUCCAGCAAGCCGAGCCCUGCUGAGUGGUAGCGCGGUCCGCUCCGAGUGCCAACGUCUCUCUCGCCUCUGUCGCCUUUACAUCUCUCCUCUGUCAACUCUCUCGAUCACCUUGCUGGUACCACCAUCAUCAUCAUCGCUCGUGCGACGUUUAAGUUGCCCAUACUCUUGUGGUACCCGCGCCGUCCGGUGGCUUGUGCUGCGUGUCGGAGUGACUGCACGUGGACACUUGGGGCCGCCUCUGCCGUCCUCCGCCACGAGUUCGGCCUUCGUAGCCACAGCCAUGGCCACCGCAGCAGUGGCGGCAGUGGUGUCCCACAUCAACCCUCGUCAGGACUUCCCGGCGUGGCUGGCCGCCCACGGCGUGAGCCUCAGCGUGGCCGAGGCCGUGGACAGGGAGCUGGGCAUCGGCGACUACGAGGCCUUCAUGGCGUGCGCCGAGCAGCCCCACGUCAGGGCCGAGAUGUUCGCCGCCGCCAGGGAGCGGCUGCCCUUCGCCUUCUACGCCGUGCUGCGCCGCGUCACCGAGGCCUCGUCCCCCAAGCGCCACGACGGGGCCGGCGGCGGCCUUCAGGCCGCUGGCAACACGGCGGCGUUCCAGCCGUUCCUGAGCGGCCUGCUGGACGCCAUCGUCCUCAUGCUCAACAGUCUCAGCCAGGAGCUGCUGCACUCGGCCGAGAGGUUCAGCUGCCUGGAGCCCGCGCUGUACCCGGUGGUGUCGCUGGACGAUGGAGUGGCGAGCCACCUCGCGUCGGAUGUGGCAGAAGUAGUGGGAGAUGUGUCUGGGAGUGAAGUAAAUCACCGGUCACCCGGCCCGCACUCAGACAUUCAGCAAGAGCACAGCCUGCACCAUGCGUGGGCAACCAAUGGAGACAAAGUUGAGAGGCUCUUUCAGAAUAACGUGGAAGAGAAGGCAGACUUGCCUCAAGUUGGGGAUUGCUGGAGCGCCAUAGAGGAGUCCCCUUGUGAAGUGGAGGAGACUGAUGUGAACGUGACGUGGAGAGAGGUCAAAGCGGAAAGGGAUGACGUCGUCAGAGACGGAGAAACAGAGGCGACGGACGAGGAGUGUUUCUCCGUCAUCACGAGAACCACCAAUCAAAGCGCUCCAACGAAACUCGGCUACAACGGCGAGCUGCACUGCGUCGACCACCCACACAGGGAAGACGCCGCCUACUAUCCCUACAGGCGCGACACCGCUGCCGAGUCGUACGACGGCCAGCAGGUUUGGCAGCAGCGACUGCUGGCGCCGCCGCUUGACGGACACCGAUGCGAUUCCUCCGAGCCAGGCGAUGGCACGGAUAACGCGGCGCCGUCUGGGGAGCGACGGGCGGACAACGGCGGCGGCGGCGGCGGCGGCAGCGCCGGGCGCAGGGACAGCCCGCACUCGUCCGCCAAGCCUUUCGGCUGCCGCGAGUGCGGCGCUCGCUUCGCCACCAAGUACAACCUGCGGGUGCACGAGAGGCGGCACACGGGCGAGCGGCCGUUCGCGUGCGAGGUGUGCGGGCGGCGCUUCUCUCGCUCUUACUGCCUGGGCCGGCACAAGCGCUGCCACGUGCUGCGGCCCGUGGAGCGCGUCGCGGCUACCGCCGCCACGCAGCCAUUGCGUUAGCUUCCCUGGCGUUGCGCCAGCGUCGCAGCUAGUUGUGAGCGGCGUGAAGAUGGCGGUUCCUGCACGCCUGAGGGAGGACGUUGAUUUGCGUGUGGCCAGAAGCAGUGCCACGGAAAAAAAAACGAAUUAUGCACAUUAUUCAAAUGGGACGUCGAGCGGUGUGUUUUAUUUAUUGCCAUAAUUCUUGGAGGUUGGUGGAAGUGGCACUUAUAUUUUGAACAUUGUUGAAAAAGAUUUCUGUGUUUUGAAAGAAAACCCCCAGCCUGUUGUAGUGACAGGUAUGAAUGGAAUUUCAUGCUUGUGCUGUAUAAAACUGGGUGAUUUCAAAGUUCGAACCAUUGCCAGUGUAAGUGCUGUUCGUACAGCGAGCGUUUAUUUAAACGAGUUUGAUUGGCAUUUGGGGUGUGACAUGGUCAUGAUGUGUAGGGGUAUUGUCACAAACAAACGUAAAUAUUUCAAUACUACACAGGAUCAUAUUUCUCGUAUAGUGGCAGUAUUCUGUUUUGCAAUUUGUUCUGAUAUUGUGAGUACAGGAAAGGAAUGCUAUUACUUAUGAAAUUGAGUCUGCUUGCUUAGUCUUUUCUGUGUGAUGUUUAUACACACGAUGGUGUCAACAUUCAUUCAUCAAGUUCACAGAAUUACAAUAUUUCUUGUUUUGUGCGAACAUUAGUGGGUUUUUUUCACCUAAUAACAACUAUCUGGAAUGUUUGAAAUUCAUGGAACGGAAUAUUACAAUGAAAAUAAAUCACUUGUUGAGGAAUGGAACACGAUACAUUCAACCACUAUUUUUUCAAUAAUCGGUCACUUUGAGGAAUAAUUUUAACAAAUAAAAGCUGUGCAUGCCCGAG